UCCCUCCUCCGUCUGCAUGCCCUAGUCACAGACGCAGAAGACCUACCCGCUCUCCUUGAUGCAGGCUUUACAUCCGCCCGGUCCAUAGCCCUAACAUCCCAAUCUGAUUUUACCAGCCGUCUCUCCUCCUCUGCUCUCAGCAACACCAAACUCGCAGCCAUACACCGCGAAGCACAACGUAUAGACACGCGUAAUGACGCCAUCUGGGCCGACAUUGUCCGCUCCCGCCGUGAGAUUCCAGUCCUUGCCGUAACGGGUAUAAAAUCUGGCAAAGACUACCCUGAGACAGACGAUGUACAAGUCAACCUCGACACACUCUUUCGCGAUCUGGACAGCGUGACCGCCGAUGAGAGUACCUCUGUCUUGGGCCCGGCGUCAUACCUCGUCGAUCUCAUGCAGCUUCUCCGCAGUGCAUCCAUCGGGACUUGUGAAAAGGGAUGGGAGGUGAAGGAUGCCAAGACCAUGUUGGAUAUUUUCUUGCAUCGGAGGCCUGAUGUGGCGGAGAUACAGUUGAGCAAGGUUGAAGUUGGGACGGCGGUUACAUAUCAGGAGAUGGUUGUCGAAGUUAUGGAGAAUUAUCUUGAGAAGGAACUCGGUGUGGAUGAAGGGGGGAUGUAUACAGCGGUUGCGGAGAGAGUUGCGCCCAUGGUGGUUUUCCCUUAUAACAAUGCUAUGGGGAUUACGAGGGCUGCGUUGCAUGGGUUGGAGUAUUCACGGUAUGAGCUGCUGAGGCGGUUUCAGACUGAUGGGGAUCUGGUACAUCGAGCUUUUCCUAGCUUGCCAACUUCAAAGAAAGGGGAUUACCUAGCUGCGGCACAUGCUACGCAUGAGCGACGGUUGGCUGCUGAGGCACUCAGCUUGCAACCGUUGGACUUUGAGGCUAUAACCCAAGAGGGUAUUUACACGCGCGACUUUGUCACUUUUCUUCAGCAGCAGCAUUCAGACCUGGCUUCCAAAACCUAUGAUCAGGUAGUAGGACUGUCCUUGGCGGGAGAGUACUGGGGUUAUGAAGCGGAUAACCAGAAAAUGAUUAACCCAGCGUCGACUAUGAGCCUUCGAUUGAUCAAGGCCCAGCUUCUGCCGAGAUCCGACCUCACACCUUUGGAGCUGAAUAUGAUUCUCAAGACUCGAUACUUGAGUAAUCGCCUCGUGGUCACGCUGGAGAAGACGGUCACCGAGACCGUCGAUGAUAAGCCAGUCACAGAACAGAAAUUCAGCGACGAACUGGAAGAUAUGCGUUUACAAGAGUCGCCGAUGAUCGGUCGCUCUGAUGAAGCGGCCAGAAUAUCUCGCCGUACAUCCCUCGAUCUCCAAUCCUUCAUCCGUCUCCGAAACAUCCUUGGCUGGUCCAUCGAGACAACAGAUGCAGCUAUAGCCGCCCUCGCUCAUCGAGAAGUCAUCUAUCCUAGCGAUACAACUCAACAUCACGUCUUGGAUGGAGACUUUAUCCGACGUCUAGCCGCAGCGCAGCAAUUAUCCAUCAAGACUAGUAUCCCCGUCGUCGAGCUGUUCCCUUUUUGGGGCCUCAUGUACGCACAAUUUCCCAAUUCUCUCUAUGCGAGACUGUUUCUGCGUAGCGGGUUGGUCAAGUUGUAUCCGUCUUUGGCGCUUGUGGAUGGAGAUGGACAGACGGACGCUACGUUUGGGAAGAAUAUGGGUGCUGUGUUGCGAGCGUUAGGUAUGACGCAGGAUGAGCAGGUGGUGUUCAUGGGGAUUAUUGGGUUCGAUUCCAACACGGUCUGGACGCUUGAUGGGAUUGCUAGGCUGUAUAGUCAUCAGCGGCUGUGUAAGAUUCUUCGUCUGCCGGUGAAGAGGUAUGCUGAUUGGUGGAGGGUUGUUUGUAAGAAGGGGGGUGUUGAUCCUUUUAUUGAUCCGCAGAGUGCGUUGAAGGUAUUGGAUUUGUGGUUGGAUCUGCCAGAAGGGAUUGAGUCGAGCCAGCAAGCGCUUGAUUUGAUCAUUUCUUUGGAAGAAGAGGAGGGGGGAAAGUUGGAUGAGCAUGAUUUGAGUGCUGUGGCUGGUAUUGUUGGGGGAUAUACUUUCAUCACCGACUCCGAUAAGGGGAAAGCUGCUAUCAACGGUCAGGAUUGUCAUUUUACGCCUAUCCCUGGGCCUGAUGUGAAGCGUCUUACUACGCCUCAGCACUUGCGACAGGGUGACGUAGUCUUAGUGGAAUGGACGGAUGGGUUGCAGUUGGAGCAUCUAUCAUAUUCUACAUCAAUAGGGGAGGUGAGCUUGAAGGACAGCUUGAUUUGUCCAAUUGAGCUUGCAGGUCUCGUUUGUCUAACUCUGGGCCACUUGGGACGAUGUAUGGGCGUGGCUAAAAUGUUGAGUCUUGAGCCGGCAGAGGUUGGCUUUCAUCUUGGACGGGGGAUUGACUUCUCCCGUUUGGGUGUCUCUCAACUACUCCAACUACGGUCCUUUAUUAAUAUUCGAACACAAUUUUCGACAUCUGGUGUGGCGACUUUGAUAGCGUAUGUCCAGUACCUUGAACGACUCUCGGGCGGGUCAAAGACGGAUACGAUCGAUAAGCUAGUGGCCGAGACGAAACGGCUGACUUCACUUGACGCGAGUGACAUUUCCGCUUUCUUCACUACACGCUGGCCAACGGCAACAGUCAAGGACUUGGCCAAAACCUUCCUCGACGGGGACUUAUAUCCUCUCCAGCAACUAACCGAAGCCUGCUCUCUGUCCAAGGAUCUCGGUGUGCCUAUUACGAUAUUGCAUUCAUGGGCGCAAUUACCCUGGGACCCAAAAAAAGCAGAGGACUUUGAAUUUGCAGAGGAAUUAAAAACGGCACUAUCAUCCUCGUCUGCAUCAUCCACAAGUGGUGGGGCACUCGCACGAGCAAAGGAAGUCGUCCUCACGAGACAACAACGCGUAUUGCAAGAAUACAUCAUCCGUUUGCCAGUUUUUGUCAACCGCGGUAUCAUCAACAUCGACGAUCUAUCGGCAGAUUUCCUCAUGGACCUACAGAUGGGGCCACCGAUGGAGACAUCACGAAUCGGGCAGGCCAUCGCCAGCGCACAGUUCUUCAUCCAACGAUCGUUGCUAGGGCUGGAGAAGGUGUACGGUGUGUCGACAACCGGAGUCGAUCAAUCCCUCUGGGCUUGGAUGUGUAAAUUUACACUCUGGCAAGCUAACCGCAAAGUCUUCCUCUAUCCCGAGAAUUGGGUCGACCCCUCCCUCCGAGACGACAAAACCCACGCCUUUGAAGAAUUGGAGAGUAAGAUGCUCCAAGCAAGUCUGGACCGGGAUACCAUCAGUCAAUUACUCCGUGACUAUGUCUACGCUAUCCAUGAAGUCGCCGACCUCGAAGUGUUGAGCUAUCUCUGGGAAUCGACCAAGGACUAUCGCGGGAGAUAUCACUUCUUUGGUCGGUCGCGUGCGGCGCCUUUUGUCUUUUACUAUAGGCAGCUCGUGGUUACUGGAACAAAUACGAUGUUGAUGAGUUGGAAUUGGCUUCCGUGGAGUAAGAUGGAGGUUGAUAUUCAGACGCAUGAGGUUGAUGCUGACCAGAAGCCUCUUGCUCAUCCGGGAAGUUAUCUUCUCCCUGCGUUGUUUAAAAAUCGGUUGUUCUUAUUUAUCCCACAGAUUGCGAGGCAAGCGAAGAAGGGAAAGGAUCAAACGAAGAGUUUGGCGGACCAAGCGAAGGAUGUUAAUGGGCCGUCCAAGGCGGAAGAAUUUUGGGAGAUUAAGAUGGCUUGGGUUGAGAUGAGGAAUGGGAAGUGGUCUCCCAAGUAUAUCACUGCUACUGGGAUUCAUGUUGGUGUGGCUUCGGGUGAAAGUGCUUUACCUUCCAUUUCGUCCUUUCGCUUCCGAUUGGAGACGACGAAUGGAGGUUUGAGCCUUGCUAUUCAUGUGGACAGGUGGAAGGUUUCUGGGAGCGGGGGUGUGUUUCAAAUACUCGGACGUUUUGAGAUGCAGGGCCUUCGACUGAGGUUGAUCGAUGGUAUUGCUGGUUCAACAGUUGGGACUUAUAUCGACACGGAGAUGGAGUUUGGACGUAUUACGCACUCGAGUUCGACCAACAGCAUCUCGACAUUGAAGACCCAAGUUGAAGCCUAUAAACUCGGUAUCGAUGCGAAUCAAUACUCACUUUUGGCGGUUCCGAGUCCGAAGACAAUGACGGAGACGUAUGCACUCUCAUGGCUUCUGACCAACAAUGUCUCUCAGUAUCCGGGAGUCUUGGGACUGGUUGUUGAAAGAACUACACCGACGCAGGCUUCGCUAUUCUUUGGCUCUCCUAGAAUGACACUUGAGGGCAAAAUCGACACCAGCAAUAAGACGACAAUCUCGACGUCAACUAUGACACAUGACUCGGCCUUGUAUCUCGUCGAGGAGAUUGCCGACACGGAGGGUUAUCACGCCAUCUUUGAUGCACUCGAGCAUCUCCCCAAGGACAUGGAGAACAGGUCUUUCGGAUUCCAGAACAGAAAGUACAGAGAACUGGCCAUGCCAGCCUCGAUUUACAACUGGGAAAUGGGCUUUCAUGUCGUGUCGCUAUUGAUGGAACGACUUCUCGCCACACAGCAAUUCGACCUCGCUAUCGAAAUCUCCCGUCUCGUCUUUGACCCGUCACGAGACGACGCGAAACCCGACAAUGCAGCAGCAAUAGCAGCAGUCACCCCCCAGCCACUCUCUAACCUCGACCGAAGCUGGCGUUUUGCCCCCUUCAAAUCAGCUGAUCUCCGUCUCGGCGGGUCUGUACGACAAAUUAUACAGAAUCUCAAACCCUUACCGGCUGAGUCCCUCGAAGUACAAGACUGGAAAGCAAAUCCCUUUUCCCCGCACGCAGUUGCUCGGAAACGUCCAGCCGUGUAUAUGAAACGCUUUGUUAUGAAGUGCAUCGAGAUUCUCAUCGCAAGCGGUGAUCAGUACUUCCGUCAACCAUCCCUUGAGGCAAUACCCAUGGCUACACAACGAUAUACGGAGGCACUGACACUCUUUGGUCCGGCACCGGCUACAAUUGUGUCACCUACGAGGCCUGUCACCAAGCGUUAUGAUGAUAUAAAGUCUCUUGUGACGGACUUUGCUACGGCUACCGUGGAUAUGGAGCUGGAGUUUCCGCAUUUUAUCAAUACGCUUGUGAGGGGGAAUGCUCCGCCUGCCGAGACCCGUGAUGGGACAUUGGGUUUUGUCCGAUCACCGUAUUUUGGUAUUCCAGCGAACCCGGCGAUACAAGCGUUACGUGAUAUCAUCGACGGAAGGCUGUACAAUAUCCGUCACGGUUUGGAUAUUGAUGGGAAUCCACGUCGUUUGCCGCUGUUCGACCCGCCCCUGGAUCCAGGACAGUUGAUCGCUGCUAGAGCGGGUGGUGCGAGUCUUGCGAGUUUGGCUGGGGGUAGGACGGAAGGACCUAUGCCGAAUUGCAGGGCUAGGUUUCUUUUGCAAAAGGCGCAGGAUUUGUGUGCCGAGUUGCGGUCGCUUUCCGAGUCCUAUCUAUCUAUUAAGGAGCGCAGGGAUGCUGAGGCUAUGGCUAGACUUCGUGCGAGACAAGAGACCGGUGUGUUGUCACUUCUGAAUGAUGUUAGACAGCAUCAAGUCUUGGAAGCGACAUCAGCGCUGGAGACGUUGGCUGAGACACGCAAGUCACAUAUAUUGCGCCUGACGUACUUCCUUGCUUUGAUCGGGGAGUCAGCUGAUAUAGUUCCAUCUUCCGACGCCGACUGGGUUGAUCUUGACUUUGGCAUUCGACAGCCAAAUAAUGAUGAGUUACGGAUGAGUGCAGAGGAGUAUCUUGAGUCCACUUCGAUGGAGUCGGCGGUGUAUACGAAUAAGAUUGCUACGGGAAUUGAGCAGAAUGCUGGAUUGCUCAUGGCGUUGCCUAGUCUUACUAUACAGGCAGAGCCGAUGGGUAUUGGUAUCUCGACACAGAUGGAUGCUUCUAUUAUCGCCAAGGCUCUUCUUGUGGGCGCAGGGGUUAUCCGGGCUGCGGCGCAGGCGAGUACGGAUAUGGCUAGCCGUGCUGCUCGAAAGGGACAGCUCGUUCGGCAACUGCAGGAACGUCGGAUGCAGGCUAAUCUCGCUGGUCAUGAUAUUAAGAUUGUCGAUAAACAGGUCGAGAAUCAACAGAAACGGGUUGAUGUUGCCAAGGCGGAGUUGCGUGCUCAGAAGCAACAAGCCGUUGAUGCAGCCGAAAUGGAAGAGUUUCUACGAACCAAGUAUUCUUCUGAUAAACUAUACUCUUGGCUUGAAGCUGAGACGAGGAAGUUGGCUUAUCAGUCUUAUCUUGCUGCGUUAGAUAUGGCGAGGACGGCGGAGAGGGCUUUACAGUGGGAGUAUGGACCUAGGGCGCAACCUUCGUUUCUGAGCAGUGCGUAUUGGGAUGAGUCGAGGGAUGGGUUGCUCGCCGCGCAAGAGUUGAGUGCUGCUUUGCAUCGGGUUGACAAGUUUCAGAUGCAGGGGACGCCGCAUGAUUACGAGCUUACAAAGACCAUCUCUCUUCGUCAGGUGGCACCUUUGGCUCUCCUUAAUCUCCGAACAACUAGGACGGCUGAGUUUGAGAUACCGGAGGUUUUGUUAGAUUUGGACUUUCCAGGACAUUAUUGUCGGAGGAUUCAGAGUGUUGCUGUAUCUAUACCAAGUAUAGUUGGACCAUAUACGGGUGUGAAUUGCUCCCUAAGGUUGUUGGAGCAUCGGUAUCGACUCAAGGCUGGUGUUUCGCCUUCGACUGGGAGUUAUUAUAAUCAAGAUAUAGCCGGAGACGAGCGGUUCCAUACGGAUAGUGUACCGAUCACAUCUGUGGCUCUGAGCAGUUGUACGCAUGACACCGGAAUAUUUGAGUUGAACUUUGGCGGGGAGCGAUAUGCGCCUUUUGAAGGCGCUGGUGUAAUUUCUCGGUGGAAGUUGGAGUUGCCUAGUCCGUUUCGACAGUUUGACUACAACUCCAUUGGGGAUGUUUUGUUUACGGUCAAAUUUACGUCUCUGGAGGGAGGCGCUACUUGGAAGAAUCAGGCCACACAGGCGGCGAGGGAUUUUAGGAGCCAGAUUGAUGAGAGUCUUGGGAAUGAGGGGGCUUUUCUGUUUGUUGAUCUUGCGGCUGACUUUUCAAAUGAAUGGCGAGGAUUUGUGAGUCGG